GACAAUGUUCCUCACGCUGAGGACAAGGUUUCUCACGCUGAGGACAAGGUUACUGACGGCGAGGACAAGUCAACGCAGAGGGCAAGUUUCCUUUCGCAAACGACAAGGUGCCUCACGCUGAGAGACAAGGUACCUCACACUGAGGAUAAGGCACGCCACACUGAGGAUAAGGUACCUCAAGCUGGGGACAAGGUUCCUCAAGCUGAGGACAAGGUACCUCACGCUGAGGACAAGGUACGUCACACUGAGGACAACCCUCCUCACGCUGAGGACAAGGUUGCUCACGCUGAGGGCAAGCGUCCUCACGCUGACGACAAG